UAUAGCAACAACGCAGCCAUUUUGGCUCUUCUACGGUCAAACCGAGUGGCUUGAGAAUGCUUUGAUAAUGAGAGUAGCUUGACGAAGCCACGUUGUACUGGGGACACUGUCCCGGUGAUUGCUCGCUGUUGUUCAGUGGCAUCGGGAGAAAUUCCGAGCGGCGGCGUCGUCGUUGUUGUUGUUGUUCUUCGCGAGCUCCGUGUCUCUCUCCCCGGACCGCCCGCAGUUUCCCUCAGUCGACUCGCUCCAACGGUUUAUUUUUUCCCUCGACGGACCAAUCAGAGCCGCCCGACGGGCCGCCGGUCACGGGCGGCGCGUCCAAUCAGCGCAUGCGCACUGCUCGACAAAGAUGGCGGCGGGCUCCGAUUUGCUGGGCGAUGUUUUCCUCGGCGCCGAGCUGGACGAGAAAGUGGUGAGCGACGUGGUGGGGUCCCUGGAGCGAGAGCUCACGGCGGCGGCGGACGCCCGCGUCCGGCCUGCGGCGGGCGCCGUCGGCAGCGCCGCCGUAGCUCGCAACUCCGGCGUUCACGGCGGCAAAAUGGGACUUUCGGGCGCAGACGAGCACGGAGGUGUCACCGGCGCUGCGGGGCCGGACACGGACGGAGCAGCUGGGACCCCGUCGCCGGCAGGACCGAGCGCGACAGCCGCGCAGAGUCAGCCCAAGUCGGGCGCAGCGUCGUGCGUCGGGACGCCCGCGGCUCUGACUGUGAAUGGAAGCGCGGUGGUUGUGAACUGUCGCGUCCCCGGUGGCUCGUCCGCUGACAGCAGCCUGUCGCCGCCGCCUGUCGACGGGGGGUCGGUGGCCGCAGCUCAGAGUACUGCCCCUGUGGUGUCUGCGAAGAGUGUUCCCACGGUCACGCUGGUGAGGCCGCCUAUGCAAACUCCCACCAACACCGGCGGAGUCAACCCGCCCUCGGGUCUGACAGCAGCGGCGCCCGUCACGGUGGUUGGGCCGCUUGUCAACACCAAAUGUGACCCCGCAAAGACUCCACUGCAGACCGGCGUCGUGGCUCCGACCCUGAGGAGUCCGACCGGCCCACAGAUCCUGAGGACUUCAGUUCCGUCGGCGGUCUCCUCCGCUCCGCCGGGCGGAGUGCGAGUCAUCGCUCCUCAGGUGUUGGCUCCUCGACAAAACGCCCCAAACAUCCAGAACAUUCAGCUUCCCCCAGGCAUGGUGCUGGUUCGCAGUGAGAGUGGGCAGCUGCUGAUGAUACACCAGCAGACCUUGGCCCAGAUGCAGGCUCAGUCGCAGUCCCAAAGCGCCAUGACACCGCGCCCCGCAGCCCCCACCAGCACUCCACCUGUCCACAUCACGUCUCUGCAGGCUCCGGGCUCGUCCCUGCUGGCUCGCUCGGUCGCGCCCACCACCACCACCACCACCACCAUCAUCAAACAGGGUUCCACAGCACAGACCACCAUGACGACCACCUCCAAAUUGCAGAGGCCUCCGGUACUGCAGAACACCAUCAUGUUGGGAGCAGGUGCCACCACCCCCGGUCAGCCCCUGGGAACCUCCACCACCACCGUCCCAGGCGGAGCUGUGGCCACGACUGGAACGCAGAGGGUGGGGCCCCCUGUGGCCACUGGGACACCUAUGGCUCCAACGCCCGUCACAGCUGAGACUCUGGAGAACGUGAAGAAGUGUCGGAACUUUCUGUCCACGCUGAUCAAGCUGGCGUCCAGUGGGAAACAGUCCUCUGAGACCAUAGCCAGCGUCAAGGAGCUGGUCAAACAUUUGCUGGAAGCAAAGAUGGAGCCUGAAGAUUUCACCAGUAGAUUAUACCGGGAGCUCAACUCCUCACCGCAGCCAUACCUCGUGCCUUUCCUGAAGAGAAGUCUCCCCGCUCUGCGUCAGAUGACCCCGGACCCGGAGGCCUUCAUCCAGCAGAGCCUGCUGCCUCUGCCCAACACUCAAUCGGUCGCAGCCUCCACCGCUCUCACCGCCGUGGUGCUGCGACCUCCUCUGUCCUCAACCACGGCCAAAGCCGCCGUCAGCUCCACCGCCGCCAAAAGUCACACCGUUAUCAGCCUAAGCCAGUCGCCUCACGGCAGGGCGGGACUGCAACAGGGGGCGACGGUGAGGCCGCAGGUCACCGUGGCUCCGUCUCCAAUGGUAACGCUCCGAGGACAACCUCACAGCCGCAUCAUUGUGGGUCCGACGCAGGUCGUCAAACAGCUGCAGACGGUUCCAGCAGUGAAGCAGACGUUGGCUCAGGGGUCAAGAGGUCACGUGGUCACUCAGACUCUCGCCGGCGCUCAGAGGAACCAGCUGAAGGAGGCAGGAGCAGGAAACUUCAGGGACGAUGACGAUAUCAACGACGUGGCCUCCAUGGCCGGAGUCAACUUGUCGGAGGAGAGCGCCCGUAUCUUGGCAACCAACUCUGAUCUCAUGGGCACGGUCACUCGCUCCUGUAAGGACGAAGCCUUCCUCUCCUCCUCUUCGCUCGCCCGCAGAGUUCUUCUGAUCGGCAAGAAAUUUGGCAUCAGCGAGUUGGGCUCAGAUGUGGUCAACUACAUUUCCCACGCUGCACAGCAGCGACUGCAGAGCCUGCUGGAGAAGGUGUCGCAAGUGGCGCAGCAGAAGAACGUGUCCUUCAAGGAGGACGAGCGUCACCAGCAGGUGAGCGACGUUCGAGCGCAGCUCAAGUUCUUCGAGCAGCUGGAUCAGAUGGAGAAGCAGAGGAAGGAGGAGCAGGAGAGGGAGAUUCUGUUGAAGGCUGCCAAGUCUCGGUCGCGGCAGGAGGACCCUGAGCAGCUCCGCCUGAAGCAGAAGGCCAAAGAGAUGCAGCAGCAGGAGUUGGCUCAGAUCAUGCAGAGAGAGGCGAACCUGACGGCGCUGGCAGCAAUCGGCCCAAGGAAAAAACGGAAGACCUUCUCUCCCGUUCGAGGCGCCGGUGCAGAGGGCUCGGGGUCGGGGCCCUGUCCGCCCUCAGGCUCCGGUGGAUCUGGCUCCAGACAGUUCCUGCGACAGCGCAUCACCAGAGUGAACCUCCGCGACCUGCUGCUCUGCCUGGAGAACGAGACGGGGACCAGCCGCUCACAGCUGCUCUACAAAGGCUUCCUUAAAUAGAACCUGCAGUAAAAAAACAACACUCGUCUCUCGACCGUCGGCUCCGACUCGCGCCGCCGCUGCUCCUCCCGCCGGCUGCUGCAGGACGUGCAGACAUCUCGUCUGCGGGAAGUGAAUUAUCUGAGCGUCUUAAGGCUCAGAACCGUUUUGUGUGUUCAGCUCAGACACGGAGCAAAAUGUUUUUCGACUGGACUCUGAUUUCAUUGUGUCCGUGUUGCUUUGCUUCUCCAGAGGCCGUCACUUCCCUCCCGCCGCCGCCGCCGCCGCCGCUCGCAAGAGAGUCGUCUUUAACUGAACUGAGCACGACACGCGCGAAGAGCUCCAAACCUCCGGCUCAUUACAGCGGCAGUGGAUUUCCGAGCUGGUUCCAGUUCACAUGAAUGUGCCGCCUGAUUGUUUUUUACCAAACAGCAGUAAUUCUCAUUUCCUCGAAACUGUGAGAACGUAAAAGUUUUAAUUUAUAAUCACAUUUAGACCAUAUUUUAUCUCAGUUUAACGUCUGGAAGAGUUGCCUUCUCAUUAAGAUGAUUCAUUAAGAUUAAUAUGAUCAAGCCAUAUGGAUCGGAACACGUUGUUCACUUUGUGUUAUGUCCAUCUUGUGUGAUUUAUUGUUUUGUUCCAUUGGUGAAAUCAUAGCUGUUGCUAUUUGAACUUCCUUGAUUCAGAUUCCAGCUACUACACAGACACUUUCCGUAAAGAUCAGAAAGUAAUGAAACCUUCACAUAAAAAAUAUUAUUAAAAAUAAUAAUAUUAUUAUUAAUAAUGAUAAUAAUAAUAAUAAUAAUGAUAAUGGGGAUUAGGCUCUGUUGUGCUGUUACUAAGAAAAGGAGCUAUCAAGUCAAUUUCCUGCCUUUUCUCAAUGUCCCAUGAGGAAGUACAGUCUGAGAUGUGUUCAUGUUUACUGUAAAGGUUUGUUGGAUUAUUUUUUUUGACCAUUAAAAAAAUAGAAUCAUAAUGUAACUCGACAAAAAAAGAAUCAAAAUGGCCGUGAGUGAUUGAACGUGUCCACGCUGUGUAGCUCUUGUGCUACAACGUGAAUCCAUUGAAGAACUUUGGAGAAAUGAAUCGCCAUCAUUUUUCUUUUGUCACAGUCGCUCCUCUUUACUGACGUUUGGUAAACGUGGUCAUGAGACAAAUCAGUUUUCUAAAAAAAAAAAAAUAGUCGAUCGGAUAAACCUAUACUUUAUAACUUUUGAUAUUUUUAGUGCACAUGAUUCUAAUAAUUAUAAUUUUGGACUUUGUACCUUUUUGUCAUUUUCUGAAAGAAUGUUUACGGCAGAUUUUAUUACUGUACAUACAGGUCAGUUUGCUAUUUGUAGAUUUAUCAGUUGCCAACUUUAAAAAGCGGAGAAAAUGUCUCAUUUUUCAUGUAUAUAUAUACAUCUGUUAUAUAAGACAAAUAUACAAUGCUUUGUUGCCAACACCAUGUACAUUCUGCACAGCCACUUGUUCAUAAUGUAAAUAUCUAAAUUUAAAAGUUUUUAAUUGCUAUUUUUUAAUGGAGUGAGAGAAUGAUCUGUAUUAAAAAAAAGAAAGAAAUAA